UUUUCAGUGCUGGAGGUCAACAGGAUACUUGAGUGUUGUGCGUUAAGGGCGUGGGCCUUUCCUACUCGACUUAGUAAGCUGUCACGCCUUCUGAAGGAGGCAGGUUUAUGUCGUCACACGAUCCCUUGUCUGGGAUGCAAAUGUUUGGCCCACAGUGUAUAUGUUUUUUUUUUUUCUAGUUGUAAGACAGCAGUUCAUUCACAACUAUGGGAGCCAAGGUGGAAAAUAGUGAGCCAAAAGGAGAAGUUCCGCUUUGAGACUUUGUGGUAAUUUCACAGACUGGAAAUCUAUGGGAAUAUUUGAGUGCCAACAUCUCUGAAGGAAGCCCGUCGUCAGUGGUUUUGGCGGAUUGACUUUUCCACGAAGUAGUAAUGGCUACUGCAAGGCUUGAUUAUGUUGCUCCAUGGUGGACUUACUGGCUGCACAAUUUCCCUCACUUCAAUUUCUUUUUCCAGACGGUCGACAGCACUUUCAAACCGGAGGAGGCGAGCUAUCAGCAGUCUUUGAUAAUUCUAGCAUGUGUUGGUGCAGUUGGUCUUGGGGUGAGCCUGCUGGUUCUGGCAGUAUACUUGGUGUGCUUGUGCUGCUGCCGCAGGGACAUCGAUGAAGACACCAAAAGGCCUGAUACCUGCUGUGUCACCUGGGUUGCCGUCAUCACAGGUCUCAUCAUAUGUUCUGCUGUUGGAGUGGGUUUCUAUGGGAACAGUGAAACCAAUGAUGGGGUGUACCAGAUGAACUAUUCACUCUACAAUGCCAAUCGCACACUGGGUAACAUCAACAAUCUGGUUGCAGGGUCACUGGGCAAUGUGGAAACUGGACUCAAACAGCACCUGGAACGCCUGGAUGAGAUCUUUUCUACGAGGCCUGACUACCUCCAAGCUUUACGUUUUAUGCAGCUGAUGGUCAACAAUGUCAUCCGUGAGCUGACUGUUCUUCCAGACAUCAACAAAACCAAUUUCGACUUGACAGCCAUUGCAGAUCAGACAGCAUUCAUUGAGUAUUACAGAUGGCUGAUUUAUCUGCUGCUACUGAUCCUGGAUCUGGUUAUCUGCUUGGCCAUGUGCUUGGGAAUGGCAAAGCAUUCUCAGUAUCUGCUGAUCACGAUCAUGGGUUUUGUUAUUCUGUCUUUGAUUCUGAGCUGGGCCUCACUGGGAGUGGACACUGCUACAGCUGUGGGUAUAAGUGACUUUUGUGUAUCUCCAGACAAGUUUAUUGUCAACCAUACCAAGGAUUUUCUAAGUGCAGAUGUUGCACACUAUUAUCUGUUUUGCAGUCCGAAUCUACCAAACCCGUUUCAACAGUCUUUGACAACUUGCCAGCGCUCCCUGACUACCAUGCAAAUCCAGAUUCAAGGCUUGCUGCAGUUCUCUGUGCGGGUCUUUCCCACUGCUGAGAGAGACCUUUUGGGAAUCCAACGACUAUUAAACUCAACAGAAUUCAGUCUACACAAGCUAACAGCCUUGCUGGACUGCCGUGGGCUACAUAAGGACUAUCUUGAUGCCCUCAUGGGUGUGUGCUAUGAUGGGGUGGAAGGGCUCCUCUACCUCUCUUUGUUUUCUCUUCUGGCUGCCUGCGCACUCUCUGCCAUGCUGUGUGUAAUUUUCCGAGUGUGGACACUAAUGGGCAGCAGGGAAAAAGAGUACGAUGACAUAGAUGAGGAGGAUCCAUUCAACCCCCAAGCUCAUCGGAUAUCCUAUAACCCCCGAAGGUCCAACACGCACAGUUUCUGUAGCUAUACCACAAGCCUUGGCAGCCAGGCCAGCCUUCAUCCACCUCCUCAGUCAACUUCUAGUGUAACAUCACCCCCUGAAUACAUGAAUCAGUCCAUGCUGUUUGGAGGAACCCCUCGAUAUGAGAAUGUGCCACUGAUAGGGAGAGGAUCCCCGCCUCCCUCGCUCAGGGACCCUUUUAAAGCUCCAUAGUACCUCAGCUUUGACUUCCCGGCACUGUUUAACCCACAGAGUGUUGCAUUAUUCACCCAGCAUGAGAGCUACCUAUCUAUCCAUGACUGAUGCCCAGAUUAGACACUUUGGGACUGAUUUUCAGGUGUAGCCUGCUCUCUACUGAAUCCCUUUCAGUGCUUCAUCUGAGAUGCUAAGCUUCAACCGACAAGGCUGUCGUCACGGUAUAACUCUGUUUACAGGAGUGACAGCCCGCCGUCCCAAUCUGAGACAUUAAAGCAGGCAAUAUGAGGUAGUUGCCUCACUGACACACUAAUGCAGUCCCUGGAAAGCACUGAAAGUUUUUAAUAUAGAGGACUGUUCAGUUUCAUCUGAAGGCUGUUGUUGUUGUUGUUAUCAUGGUUUAUGGAAAUACUGUUGCUCAAAUGUAAGCUUUUCUAUGAACCCAGAGUCUUUGAACUCUUUUCAGUAUUCUGGUGGUGUGCAUGGAUAUAAUCAUCGGUCAGUAUUUUGAUGUAAAGUGAGUGGCUGACUUCCAUCAUGGCAUUUGAUUUUUUAUUUUAAUUUUUUUUGCUAUAUCCCUUCUGUUUGGCAGCAAUAUCUUUUUUUUGGCCUUUUUGAAAUUUCAAAGGGUGCAGUUUGAAAGGAUAUGGGAAAAUAUGAAUGAGUUAAUAAAACAAAUACCAAGUAUUAUAGUUUUGUUUUCAUUAGCCAAAGAUGCCUUUAACAACAAGUCAGAUGGGCAUAGAUGAUAAAUUAAUAACUGACUGUUAUCACUAUUAAACCAAAUUGGCCAUACAAGUAAUUAUAAAGAAGCUUUGAAAUACAGAACUCAGUGCCACUAGUUAGCUUUUAAAGAAUAAACUGAACAUGCAAGGAACAUUCUCUGCUUUAUUAAAUAAAUCUGUGUUAUGUCUGUUUUUUUUAUGUUUGCUAAUGUAUACAGAAAGUCUCAUGAUUAAAUGCUAUAUUCAGACUUGUUGAUCCAUUGUUUACUUAUUAGCUCUCCACUGAUGGCUUAGAAAGACCUACAGCAGUAAUUCCAUUAGUGUGGCUGGGAUUUGGUGUGAUAACCUGUACCUGGAGAUAUCACAUGGGACAGUGGGAGUCUUAUAGGCAUGGUUCUCUGCUAGCUCUCUGAAAGAGCAGACUUCUCAAAAAUCAAAAAAUGCAUAACACACAACUGCAAACCAGUGUCCUUGAAGUAUUCACCUGUUUCACUUCAAUAUAAUAAAAUUGUUCUUUAUGCUACAA